UUACUCCUCCUCCUUGGGGCUGGAGCCUGCCUCCACCGGCCCUCUCUGAUCGCUGAGGUCUCUGUGGUCUCUGAGGCUGUAGGGCUAAUUGAGCGGGCAGGAUGGCUGCUGAGAGGGAGCUCUAUGACGCCAUUGUGAUCGGGGCAGGCAUCCAGGGCUGCUUCACGGCAUACCACCUGGCCAAACACAGCAAGAAAAUCCUUCUGCUGGAGCAGUUCUUUCUCCCGCACUCCCGAGGAAGCUCCCAUGGGCAGAGCCGGAUCAUCCGAAGGGCGUACCCAGAAGAUUUCUACACCCAGAUGAUGGCUGAGUGCUACUCCAUGUGGGCCCAGCUGGAGCAUGAGGCGGGAACCCAAUUAUACAGGCAGACUGGACUACUGCUGCUGGGAAUGAAGGAGAAUCCAGAAUUAAAGACAAUCCAGGCUACUUUGUCGAGGCAGGGAGUGGAGCACCAGUGUCUUUCAUCUGAGGAACUGAAGCAACGUUUCCCCAAUAUUCGGUUGGCCAGGGGAGAAGUGGGGCUCUUGGAGGUGUCCGGAGGAGUUCUCUAUGCCGACAAGGCACUCAGAGCCCUCCAGGAUGCAAUUCGAAAGCUAGGUGGCAUAGUGCAUGAUGGAGAGAAGGUAGUGGAGAUAAAACCAGGGCUACCAGUUACGGUGAAAACUACCUCCAGGAGCUACCAAGCCAAGAGCUUGAUCAUCACGGCAGGUCCUUGGACCAACCGGCUCCUCCGUCCCUUGGGAGCUGAGCUACCUCUCCAGACCCUGCGGAUCAACGUGUGUUACUGGCAAGAGAAGGUUGCUGGAAGCUACAGUGUGUCCCAGGCCUUUCCAUGCUUCAUGGGCCUGGGCUUAAGCCUGGCUCCUCACCACAUCUACGGGCUGCCCUCCAGAGAGUACCCAGGGCUGAUGAAGGUCUGCUAUCACCACGGCAACAAUGCAGAUCCCGAGGAGCGGGACUGCCCGGCAGCUUUCUCAGACAUCCAAGAUGUCCACAUCCUGAGCGGUUUUGUCAGAGAUCACUUACCUGACCUGCAGCCUGAGCCUGCUGUGAUGGAGCACUGCAUGUACACGCUCUGUAUGAGAAGAGACAGAUGGACAAAUGAGAAAGACCUGCGUACCCCAGGGCGCUGGCAUGCAGAAAGCACGCCUGUGUCCUGUUCCCAUUCUUUCUGGAAAGAAACCCAGCCGAGUCUCCUCCCUUCUGAGCCUGCAGCUCUUCUUCCUCCUUCUAUCCUCAAAGGACACAGGUGUGAUUGUUUCUUUCUAGAACACCCCCGAUGGGCACUUCGUUCUUGAUAGACACCCAAAGUACGACAACAUUGUCAUUGGUGCUGGAUUCUCUGGGCAUGGGUUCAAGUUGUCCCCUGUUGUGGGGAAGAUCUUGUAUGAAUUAAGCAUGAAAUUAACGCCAUCCUAUGACUUGACACCUUUUCGGAUCAGCCGCUUUCCUAGCCUGGGCAAAGCCCACCUUUGACCCCUCGCCAGCAGCUUCCCUUCUGUGCCCAGGAGUUGGAAAUAAAGCUGGGAAAGUCAUCUAAGAGGAAGAAAGAGGCUGUGGGAGGCUAUCCUUUUCUCCUGCCUCUCUUCAGUCCCCCAUAAACACCAGCUGAUUGAACGUACCUUCUUUCUCUGGCCAGCUCCCCAGUCACACACCACUUUUUUGCUUCAGUUCAAUCAGAUAUUCUAUAAUCACAAAGUGCCAAGGACUUGGAGGUGGAUGUCUCAGUAAGGAAGGGGCAUAAGGACUGGCUCAGGAGACCAAAGCAACUGUUAAAAUUCUCUUCACCGGCGCAUUUGUUGAAUUUCGGAUAGAUCUGACGAAAGUUGCCUAGGGGAGGGUAAACAAGAUGGUCCAUUCAUGCCCUUGGAGCUCCUUUUCAUAAAACUAGAGCCAUCCUCUAUCACGAACCCCCACAAAAUGUGGCUCGUUGUGGGUACACAGUAAAUGUUUGUUGAAAAAAAAAAUGUGUUGAACAAACAGAUAAGUAAAUGACUGCCUUGCAUGAAAGCCUGUGGCGGGCUUUAUUUUCCAUGUGACCUUAUUUCUUACAGAAUUUAAUUGUCUGAAUUAGCACCACAGAAUCCAUUACCCCAGGACUCCUUAGGGUCUUUAUUCCCUCAAAGCACCACACCCUCUUUCUCUAGAUUCUUUGUCUGGUUCUCAUCCUCUCAUAAAGACGCUCAACUCCCCAGUCUCUCAUUAAGGUGUAUUGUCAGGUCUUUAUGAAGAUGGAGCUGUUCUACCAGAAAGGAAGAGAGAGACACACUCGCUCAGAAACCCUGUUCAAUGUUUGAAUGUUAAAUGUGCCAUUUUAUUAUCAUUAGGAUUGCUCCCACUUAAUGAAACAGCAUUAACACCGAGUCGGCUGGCCUCCUUGCACUAAUUGCUUUGGAAGGAAACAGGCUCAUAACUGCCCCAGGGUGGGUGGAGGGGUGAAAGGUGUAAACAGAGACUCAAGGAAGGCUGAGCGCAUUCUGAUGAAACCAAAGCAGGAGGAUCUCCAGACAGGGGCCCCUAGGGCCCAAAAGAAUAGGAGUUAACGUGCUCUGGGGAGAAAAAACAAAACAAAACAAAACAAGACUGGGACUGGGUGGGGUGGAAAUGUUCAGAGGAAUCCCUGAGGGGGGAGGAGUGGGAAAUGAGAAUCAGAGUAAAAAUAUUCUCAAAGGAAAAACAACACAGAGGAAAUUACUCUUCAAUUGCCGUAUGGGCCUAGGCACAUGGAUUAAUGCUGAUUUCUCCUGGGAAUUAUAAAAGCUAGCCAGUUGGAAUGGAACACGUCUCCAACUCUGCUUUUUGGGUGCUCUCACUUGGUUUCCUGAACCACAGCCUCUAAAAGGGUGGGGGGAGGAUAAUCAUAUCUGUAAAAUGGGAAUGAUGUUACAUCUCAUGGAUCAACCUUGAAGACAUAAUGCUGAAUAAAAUCGUCCAGACAUAAAAGGACAAAUAGUGUA